AUGACAGUAGCAGAUGAUGGCAGUGUAGCAGAAGAUGGUGUCAGUGUAGUAGAAGAUGAUGACAGUGUAGCAGAUGAUGACAGUGUAGCAGAAGAUGAUAACAGUGUAGCAGAAGAUGAUGACAGUGUAGCAGAAGAUAAUGACAGUGUAGCGGAAUAUGAAGGCAGUGUAGCAGAAGAUGAUGACAUGUUAGCAGAAGAUGAUGUCAUUGUAGCAGAAGAUGUUGACAGUGUAGCAGAUGAUGACAGUGAAGCAGAAGAUGAUGACAGUGCAGCUGAAGAUGACAGUGUAGCAGAUGUUGACAGUGUAGCAGAUGAUGACAGUGAAGCAGAAGAUGAUGACAGAGUAGAAGAAGGCGAAAAUUUAGGAGGUGAAAAUGUAGCAGAAGGUGACAGUGUAGCAGAAGAUGACAUUGUAGCAGAAGAUGAUGACAGUGCAGCUGAAGAUGACAGUGUAGCAGAAGAUGACAGUGUGGUGGGUAGGGGGUGA